AUGGCCGGGAGCAGGUCACUGAAGCAGCGGCUGCCGCUGUUCUUGACUGUGCUUACCAUCCUGGCUUGCAUCAUUUCACCAGUUGGCAUGUAUCCAAUGAGCGUCAAGCAUGAGAAUUUCAAGAAAUGUUCCCAAUCCGGGUUCUGCAAGCGGAACCGAGCUUACGCCGAUGAAGCUGUUGCAUCGGGGAGCAACUGGAAGGCCCCGUACGAGCUCGACUCUUCAUCCAUCACCUUGGAAGACGGCUACUUGCGGGGAAUUGUUAUCAAAUCCACGGAAUCUGGAGAGAAGGUCCGGCUACCUCUCACCGUCUCAUUCCUGGAAUCAGGCGCGACCAGGGUUGUCCUGGAUGAGGAAAGGAGGCUCAAGGGAGACAUCGAAUUGCGACACGGCAGUAACAUUCGAAAAGAGCGAUAUAACGAGGCCGAGAAAUGGACUCUCGUUGGUGCUCUGACACCGAAUAAGGUCGCCAGUUUCAGCCCCGAGCCGGAAACGGGUUUCACCAAGGUCCUGUAUGGCCCUGAGAAUCAAUACCAACUGGUCAUUCGCCAUGCACCGCUGGAACUACUUUUUCAGCGUGAUGGCGAGACUCAUGUAAAGCUUAAUGACCGGGGUCUGCUCAACCUAGAGCACUGGAGGCCAAAAGUAGAUGUCCCGGAAGGCGAGACCGCUCCGGAGGACGAGUCGACCUGGUGGGAGGAAUCCUUCGGCGGAAACACUGAUUCAAAACCUAGGGGCCCUGAAAGUGUUGCUCUUGACAUCACAUUCCCAGGGUAUGAGCAUGUUUAUGGUAUUCCUGAGCAUGCUGACUCGCUGUCGCUGAGAGAAACCCGUGGCGGUUCUGGUAAUCACGAAGAGCCGUACCGUAUGUAUAAUAGUGACGUUUUCGAAUAUGAGCUUAACAGCACUAUGACACUAUAUGGCACCAUUCCUUACAUGCAAGCUCAUCGCAAGAACUCAUCCGUGGCCGUCUUCUGGUUGAAUGCAGCUGAGACGUGGGUGGAUAUUGUCAAGUCGAAAUCAACUACCAACCCCCUGUCGCUGGGACUUACUGGUAAAAAGACUACACAAACGCACUGGUUCUCUGAAUCAGGCCAGCUCGACGUUUUCGUCUUUCUCGGUCCGAACCCGCAGACCCUGAGUAAGACGUAUGGAGAAUUGACGGGAUAUACACAAUUGCCGCAGCAAUUUGCCAUUGCCUAUCACCAAUGUCGUUGGAAUUAUGUCACUGACGAGGAUGUCAAAGAAGUUGAUGUCAAGUUUGACCGAUAUCAGAUUCCCUACGACGUAAUCUGGCUUGACAUUGAAUAUACCGACGGCAAGAAGUAUUUUACAUGGGAUCCAAUGACUUUCGCCGACCCCAAGGGCAUGCAGGAACAGCUAGAUGAGUCGGAGCGUAAGCUUGUGGUCAUUAUUGAUCCUCACUUGAAGAACGAAAAUGGCUAUCCAAUCAUUGACGAGCUGAAGAGUAAAGACCUGGCCAUUAAGAACAAAGAUGGCAACAUCUAUGAUGGCUGGUGCUGGCCUGGCUCAUCGCAUUGGGUUGAUUGCUUUAGCCCAGCCGCUAUCUCCUGGUGGAAAGGACUCUACUCCUACGAUAAGUUCAAGGGUACAUUCCCCAACACUUUCAUCUGGAAUGAUAUGAACGAACCUUCCGUGUUUAACGGACCUGAAACAACCAUGCCGAAGGACAACAUCCACUACGGCAAUUGGGAACACAGAGACGUCCACAAUAUCAAUGGUAUGACGGUAGUCAAUGCUACUUUCCAGGGCUUGGUUGAGCGAAAGAAAGGUCAGUUGCAGCGGCCUUUUAUUUUGACGCGAUCGUUCUAUGCCGGCACUCAGCGAAUGGGGGCCAUGUGGACUGGCGAUAAUCAAGCAGAAUGGAGUCAUCUAGCCAUCUCUAUGCCCAUGGUCUUGAACCAAGGUAUUGCUGGCUUCCCCUUCGCCGGAGCCGAUGUGGGCGGUUUCUUCGGAAACCCUGACAAAGAUCUCUUGGUGCGCUGGUAUCAAACGGGUAUCUGGUAUCCUUUCUUCCGAGCUCAUGCUCAUAUUGAUACUCGCCGUCGCGAGCCGUACUUGACAGGUGAGCCUUAUAUGCAGAUUAUUAGCCAAGCAAUCCGGCUCCGUUAUCAACUUCUUCCCGCAUGGUACACAGCAUUCCACGAGGCCUCUCUUACUGGAAUACCCAUUGUGAGACCUCAGUAUUACAUUCACCCUGAGGACGAGCAAGGCUUUGCCAUGGAUGACCAAUUCUAUGUAGGCUCAACGGGUCUUUUGGCGAAGCCCGUCGUUGCCAAGGAUCAAGAAUCUGUAGACAUCUACUUGUCUGACAAUGAAAAGUACUACGAUUACUUCGACUACACAAUCUACCAGGGCGGUGGCAAAUGGCACAAUGUUCCAGCUCCGCUAGAGAAGAUUCCUUUGCUCAUGCAGGGCGGCCAUGUAAUCCCUCGCAAGGAUCGUCCUCGCCGCAGCAGUGGGUUGAUGAAAUGGGACCCGUACACUCUAGUUGUUGUACUAGAUGAAAGCGGGGCAGCCGACGGAACAAUUUACGUUGAUGACGGAGAAAGUUACGACUUUGAGAAGGGAGCCUACAUCCACCGUCAAUUCACUUUCGUCGACUCGACUUUUAUCUCUGAGGACAUUGGCAGCAAAGGUCCCAAAACCGACGGAUAUCUCAAGUCCAUGUCUGAUGUGCGUGUUGAGAAGAUUGUGGUUGUCGGAGCGCCAGCAGAAUGGGAACAGAGAACCACUGUCACUGUUAUUGAGGACGGCGCGAAGGGGGCUACUCAUGCCUCAUUGCAGUUUACUCGUGGUGAGAGCGGCAAGGCGGCAUAUGCCGUGGUGAAAAACCCUAAUGUUGGCAUUGGCCGGUCUUGGAAGAUCGAAUUCUAG